UCUAAAGACGCCUGAACCACGUUUGUCUUAAAUCUUGAAGCCAUAGACGCGAUGAACGACCUGCUCAGAAUACCUCUCGACUUCACAAGUCUCUCGCAAGCAGACUACGCGCAUAUAUCGACUAACAAACCUCGUAGAUCAACAUGGCGUCCCACCGUGCUCUUGUGUACUUCGAUAUUACGAUCGGAGCAAAGCCUGCCGGACGAAUAGUCAUGCAGCUGUACAGCGACAUCGUGCCGAAAACUGCGGAGAACUUUCGCGCGUUAUGUACCGGUGGAAAGGGGGAGACAAAGGCAGGCAAGCCGCUGCAUUACAAGGGAUGCUCGUUCCACAGGGUGAUCAAGGGGUUUAUGGUGCAGGGCGGUGAUUUCACCAUGGGCAAUGGCAUGGGCGGCGAGUCUAUCUACGGCGAGAAAUUCGACGAUGAGAACUUUGAGGUCAAGCACACGAAGCGGUUCCUGCUGUCGAUGGCAAACUCCGGCCCAGGAACGAACGGAUCGCAGUUCUUCAUCACCUGUAACGCAACGCCACAUCUGGAUGACAAGCACGUCGUCUUCGGCGAGGUGAUACACGGCAAGUCGGUCGUACGCGCAAUCGAGAACACGCCCACAGCCGAUGGCGACGUGCCCAAGUCCCCGUGCGUCAUCGCCGACUGUGGAGAACUGUCCCCGGACGACCCGUCGCUCGCUGAGGAUCCGACCGCCGCGGACGGGGACCCGUUUGAGGAUUAUCCAGAGGAUCAGGGCCCCGUAGAUGGCCAAGACGUCAUCGAGAAGCCCGAGGCCGCACUCAAGGUGGCUAAGCAAGUGCGCGAGAUCGGGAACAAGCUGUUCAAGGAGGGCAAGUCGGAGGAGGCACUAGCGAAGUACCAGAAGGCGAUACGCUACCUGGGCAUGCACCAGGUCCUACCCGAUGAUGCGCCACCGGAGCUUAAGGACUCUUACGAUGUUUUGCUAGCACCGCUUCUACUCAACUCGGCGCUGGCUGCGCUCAAGGCUGGAGGUACCGCCAACGCUGAGAUCGCGCUGCGUGCGACGGAUCGGGCUCUGGAAAUGGAGCUGAAUACCGCGGACAAGGCGAAAGCGUUGUACCGUCGUGCUCUGGCGAAAGUAGUGCUUAAGGAGAGCGAUGACGCAGAAGAAGAUCUUGUAGCCGCCCACGAGCUCGUGAAAGAUGACCGGGCAAUCCUGACUGAGCUCGAGAAGCUUCGGCAACGGAAGAAAGAACUGCGGGACAAGGAGAAGAAGGCGUUCAAAAAGCUGUUCGCAUGAUGGGGGCGGGCGUGUAUUUUGAAGGGCCAAGAGAAGUUGACUGUCACAAAUUUGUAUUAUGUAACUAAUAGACCGGGCAGCCUUCGGAUCCUCGAGUCCGUGGCAUCACUGGCGUGCGUGCCGCCCUGCUUGUUGCUCCGUC